AUGCUGGUGAAGGCGAGUGACAUAAAGGCGGUGCCGGUGGGUCGUUAUGUAUGCCUGGCAGCUUUGGAACAGCGUGCCAUCGUGGAGCGUGUAUCUCCUUCGUUGUUCAUUUCGUUUCUACGAAGUUUGCCUGGGUCAAGUAAGAUUGUGUUGGAUUGUCGUGCGCGGGAGCACGUGGCGAACGGUGCAUACCUUCCGUUGGUACACCGGUUCGGUGGUGUGGUGAUGGCGGACCGGAUCCCACCUCAUCAACGUUGCGAUGAGGCGACACGUGGUCGAGUAAAGGAUUGGAUUUUCACUACGUGCAAUCUGAAGCAUGUAUUUGUAAUGGAUACGUACACUUGCAAGCAGUCAUUGCAGGGUAACAAUAUGCUCACACGUGUGGUGAAAUAUCUUGGACUGAGUGGCGCCAAACCGGUUCGUGUUUGCAUACUGGAUUGUGGCCUCCAUGUCCUUCAGGUCCAGAAGUAUCCAAUAGCACUCCUUAACUCCGAAGCGCCCAUUGCAGUUGCUCUCGCCGCCAAGCCCGGCACUUGCGACGGACUCUACGUCUUCCAUCAAGAAUACCUCAAGGUACACGGACUACUCGGCAGAACCGUCAGGGAACUCGACGUACGCUAUGUACUCAACCUCACCAGAGCACCUGCCCAACUCAAAGGCGUCAAAGAACUAGGCAACCACCUACCUUUCAAAGACGCCAAACAGUGCGCCGCCUUCUAUGGUGAAGCACUGGCAUACCUCGUACAAAUACCCGCCGGCCAAAACGUAUUAGUGAUCGAUACGCACACAAACAAGAUCUCAAGCGAACUCUUGGUCAUGCUAUUGAUCCUUGGAGCCAAUUACACCUACGAGGAUGCCGUCAACAUCACCAGGCAGAGGCUCACCUGCCCCGAACUCGACAGCGCCGCUAGAGCUGCCUUUAUGCUGAUGGCUGAAUCCCAGGGAUCCAUCGAAACCAGACUCGCCGCCGGUGUCGAACAAUUCAACGCAAGAUUCGACAGCGAAUAUCAACUCAAGUCUACCCAGCAACUCACAGCUGUUGAGAAGUGGAAUAUCAUCGCCAAACUAUUGGAAGGCAAACCUCUCGCCAGCUAUCAACCGGUCAUGCA